CAUUCGCAUAGGACCCAGAGAAGCUCGAGCUCCAAGCACUACCCACAGAAACCCAGAAACCCCAAUUCAGAUUCUGAACGAAGAACAUUCUAGAAUUCUUGAGAACCUGAGAGGGUGGAGCUCCUCCUUUUGGAAGCUGAACCAGAGCUAGGGUUUCGAUUUGAUUGACCAAGUGAAUGCUCGCAAAGUUUUUUCCCCUGAUAUCCCAAUAAAUUUCUUAAUGGAAGUAAAAGGUUCUGGCAUACCUAAAGGACGACAUCCUUGAUGCUUUGAGAAAGGUUAUGUGAAGCAAUAUGACACUUGAAGAUUUCUUUACCUUGACUGAGAUGAAAGAUGGGCUCACAGCCCCUUCUCGAGUGCAGGAGUUGGUCUCUGUAAUGCAAAAGAAGGAAGACUAUGCUGUUAAGAAUGGUGGUGAUGCAACGAGGCAGUGGGCUGCUGUUGCAAGCACUAUUGCUGCUACAGAGGACAAAGAUUGUCUUGAUCUUUUUAUUCAAUUAGAUGGACUUUGGUUCAUCAAUAGAUGGUUAAAUGAUGCUCAGUCGUUUGGUUCCAAUACAAAUGAUAGCUUCGUUGAAGAGUCAAUUACUGCAAUGUUACGAGCAGUUGAAAAGCUGCAUCUAGACAGUGAGAAGUCAACUUCAUCAGGAAUUCGGGUAGCUGUAAGUAACCUUCUUGGCCAUCGUAGCUCUAAGGUUCAAGAUAGAGCAAGAGUAUUACUUGACAGCUGGAAAGGAGGUGGAAAUGGAAAUGCUGAAUCUCAUGAAUCAGAUCUUGGUAGAGUCAACAAUGUGAGUGAUAAGAUUGUCAGGGAGGAAGACCAGCCCUCUUCCAGGAACGAAGCUAGCAAUGACGAUGAUCAUGCAUCACUACUUGUUGGAGGUGAGAAGUCUCAAUUGAGAAGAUCAGAUAGUCAGCUACCACAAAAGGUUGCUAGUGUACAGAUACAGAGUUCUGACAAUGCACUUCAGUCCUCUGCAAGCUUGGACUGUGACGAUAUCAAAGAUAGAUCAAACCAUCUUGCUGGUGUUUUGACUUCUGUUCAAGAAGUUGCUCCCAUAAGCGAAGGUGAGACCACAUCGGCCGGGACCUGUAACCUACCUAUUCCAAAGCAAUGCAGUUUCAAAGGUCAACAAGAUGAUUUACAGUUAAAUGACUUAUGCAAAACAGAGAAGCAAGACCAAAAUGUUAAUGGCCCUCCAGAAAAAUUAGGAGUACCAGAUAUCUCUUCGGCAUCCACAAAGCCAGAGCCUGAACCUGUUUCCAUUGGUGCUAGUGAAGCAAAAGCACUGGAAUUUGUGAAAGAACCUGCUUUAGGACAUAGUGUUGAAAGCAAUGAGGAUGGUGUUUGUCAAAAAAUAAUUGUUUCCGGUAGCAUGAAAACACCUGCAUCUGAUAGAAUGAGCGGGGUGGAUGAUGCCAGAGCUAUAAAUUCUAGCAAUCCACAACAUACGAAAACUUCAGAAAACAAUGAUGACUGUUAUUCUAAUGCAUUGCAGGACUCAUCCGUCAGUGGAAGUAACUUGGUAAAGCCUGAGGUGUUACAGAUGUCUUUCCUCAAAACAGAAUAUGUCAGAGCUGUAAAGGAAGGCAAGGGAGAAGUUUCUAAUCAAGGCGACAAUACCUCAAAUGGUUCUGAUUCUUUUAAAUGGGGAAAAGGUCCUAGAAGCCCUAACAUUACUGACAAAAGUUCUGGCAUUAAACAUGAGUAUGGGAUUGUUGAUACUUCAGAAGUGGCUCGACAAUGUGCUCAGGAAAUUGAAAGAGAAUAUGGCAGAACAGUAAAGGAAGUUUCUAGUCAAGGCUAUGAUACAUCAAAUGGUUCUGUUUCUUUUAAACGGGAAAAAAAUUCCAGAAGCCGUAACAUUAUUGACAAGAGUUCUGACAUUGAACUUGAGUACGGUAUUGUUGAUGCCUUAGAAGUUGCUCGACAAGUAGCUCAGGAAGUUGAGAGAGAAGUCCGCAGCUCUUCCUCAGAGAAAAUCUCAGAAGGCAGAAUCAGGCGAGCAGGCAGCCCAGAUUCUAUAGGGAAAAAGGAUGAACUCACUUGCAUCCUACCUGAGGAGGUAUCAUCCAGGCAAAGCAACUCUGCUGAGGCAUGUUCUGAAGAGGAGGGGCAGAUGAGUGUUUCAGAUGAUAUUGAGGCUGACCCAGAAUGUAUACCUGACUUGGAGUCCUCCCAGGUGACUGAAGCAGCUCGAGAUGCAGGAGGUAAUUCAGAGAAAAGCCUCUGUACCUUCGAUCUCAAUGAAGAAGUUGGCUCUGAUGAUAUGGAUGUUUCUGUAAAUGCUAUGUCUACUACACCAAUACCUGUUGUCUCUGCUUCAAAGCCUGCACAGAGUUCUGGGUUGCCAACGGCCCCUUUGCAGUUUGAGGGGACACUUGGAUGGAAAGGAUCAGCUGCUACCAGUGCCUUUCGUCCUGCAUCACCUCGUAAAAAUUCCGAUAGUGAGAAGAAUGUAUCUGUGGGUGGGAACUCUGAUAUUUCCAAGCAGAGGCAGGAUUUCCUUGAUAUUGAUCUGAAUGUGGCUGAGGGUGAGGAAGGAUUGGUAAAACAAAUUGGUGAAUUUUCAGGCCUUCCAUCUGGGCAAUCAUCAGUGGAACUUAGUUCGAAGAGAUCAAGCAGACUCGAAUUGGAUUUAAACAGUAUUGGUGAUGAUGGUGAUAACCAACCUUCAGACCAGAGAAUGGAGGGGCAACUCUUUUCUGGUAGAAAUGGCUAUUGGAGUCCAUCACCAGCAUCAUCGUCGUCAUCAAUGCAGCCUUCAGUUCGAAACAUUGAUUUGAAUGACAGACCAUACUUUCAAACAGAGUUAGUCGAUGAAGAACCGAUUAAGUCUUCUCCCAUUAUUGAAGCAUAUGGACGUUCUAAAUCAGAUGCUCCUGUGAUCUCUAUUUUGGGUGCCAAGGUGGAAGUUGGUAGGAGAGAAUAUGUUCCUCAAACUUUUUCUUUGCCGAAUGGCAAGGCUAUUGAGCCUGCAAUUGAUCUUACAAUGUCGGGAGCAGGUGGCAUUUUAGGGAUGAGCCCCACAGUAUCCUACGAUCAGUCAGCUGUUUUUGGGUAUAAUGGACUGACAUCAGCGCCCCCUUUGUCUUUUUCAUCAGCCAUGUAUGGAUCAGGUGGCACAAUUCCAUACAUGGUGGACUCAAGAGGUGCUCCAGUUGUGCCUCAAGUGGGAGGAUCUUCCUCAACCGUCCUGUCACCAUACGCUCAGCCUCCAUUCAUCAUGAGCAUGACCGGUACACAACUUGGUUUAAAUGGGGUUGGUCCUUCACGUCCCAACUUUGAUCUAAACUCUGGCUUCAUGAUUGAUGGUGGGAAUAGAGACCAAUUGGCUGCAAGGCAAUUUUUCUUUCCUGCACAGGGAAGAGCUAUGGAGGAGCAUGUAAGGACCAUUCCACAAUCCUCAAGUUCAGGGGUUAGUGGGAAAAGAAAGGAGCCAGACAGUGGCUGGGAAACCUAUCCAUUUAGCUACAAACAUCAGCAACCUCCAUGGAAGUAGCUCUAAUUUAUGCUUUUGCUGCUGUUUUGAUCUGUUCAUAGAUACAGCCUACCCAUUGAUGCUUAAAUUAUUUACCUAAAAUGAUUCUGAAGAGUAGGCCCAUCCAUUGGAAUCCUUUAGUAAGAGAAGAACCAGAACUCAAUAAAAGCUGGAGGACGAUGGAUGUAUUAUGAUUCAAUAGAUUGAUGGGCAAAGGGGGGGAAUUAGGUUCAUUUUCUUUUUAUUUGUUUUUCCUUUCCUGCAGUUUCAUAGAAAGUACAAGCACAGAAGGCUUUGUACAUGUAGCUGUAAUUUCUCUUUCAUAUGUCAAAGAAAUUAUAGGCAUAGUAUCGUGUUUCUAACUGUCAGUGUUACUUGAGUACAUGGCCACAAAUAUUAAAAUAAUAACCUGUAAAGAGAUAGCUUUGUUCUCAAAACUUUUCCGCU